AUGCCCAGUAUUACAGCUGAGUCGGCGAUCCCGACACUAGCUGUGCAUGCAUUCGCCUGCAUAGGCCUCGAGGACCACGGCAGCCGGACAGAACAACCCGAGACCCCCUUUCAUCCACUCCCGGUCUCUCAUUUCAAUGUACUUGGUGCUGUGCUGGACCUGCAGCCUAUACCGCGCCACCAACGAACACCGACGGAAGAGGAGGACGAGGAAAGAGACGAUUAUGAAGAUUUGCUGGAGGAGGAUGAUUCCAACAACACGCUGCUCGUACAGGCCCAAGUCUCAGGACUAGGCUCGAUUAUGCUACCUGGAAUGGAGACGCCCGAGACACUCUUACUGUACAAUGAUGAGCUUGAUGAUGGCACGCUACAACAGCCUACUGGAAUGAUUAUUUUGUCGUCUGAGUACGGAGAACCUGGCUAUGAAGUUGAGACAUCGCUGCUCAUGCGGAGGGAGAGCGUGAAUACAACAGAGUGUGUGUUGGUGCCCAGCUCAGAACAUGUUGCCGAGAUUGUCGGUAGACAGGGUGAGUAGCUAAACUAGUUAUCUAGAAAACUAGCUAGUAGUAAAAAACUACAUUUAGACAGAUGUGUGUUCGAUGCUAGCUUGGUUUAUCUGGAGGUGUAUUGUAUGUAUGCUGCCAGUUGUGGUCAUUGACGUUGUUCAGUGCAAUGUAACGUUACUGGGAACAAACUUCUGGCUAUAGCUCAUGUAGCAAGCUAGCAUGAGUUAACUAGGUAACCCUUUAAAUCCACACGUACAAGUUGGCGAAGUAAAUAUAUUGAUUAUAUUUCUCUCUAGCCGUGUGAUGAGGGCACAAUUUGUUUGCAAGUUGGCGAGCUAUCUACCUAACUGCAUUUAGCUUAUUUCAUGGCAUGCUAAUUAGCUAGCUUUGUCCAGCUAGUACCAAAAUGAUAGCUUACAUUUACAUUUUUGUCAUUUAGCAGACGCUCUUAUCCAGAGCGAUUUACAGUUAGUGAGUGCAUACAUAUUUUUGUCUUUGUUGACACCAUGCCACAUCAACUAAGAAGCUAAAGCCGGUGUAGCUAUUCAUAUACCCCGAUUUUGGUUUGCUGUCUUUUCACAGAUGGGGUAGACUUUAGAUCCUCAUAACUUUUUGUGUGGACUGGACUGCCACAGAACGUGUGUUUGGCGAAUAGUUUUCAUGUCUGCCUCUGUAAACGUGGGGGAUGGUGGACUUGAACUGUUGUUGUCAAAACGUUGAGGAAAGCGGAAAUGACAAGAUGGUAUAAAGUUGGACUUUCAUCUACAGCGAGACAUCUCUAGAAACAACUGCUAGCAAUGAAUUAUUAUCAUUAUCAUUAUCUCUGAUUUCACAAUACAGUAAGUAAUCAAGAUUGUAACUAAUUAUAAGGAUACAGAUUCAAAUCAAAUGUUAUUUGUCACAUGCUUCGUAGACAAUGGGUGUAGACUAACAGCAAAAUUAUUCUCAAACUAAUGCCUGAGAUUCUCGACUAACAUUUGUCUUGUCUGUUUUUUUUUUCUUUCUCAGGUUGCAAGAUCAAGGCAUUGCGAGCAAAGACCAACACCUACAUCAAGACCCCAGUGCGAGGGGAGCAGCCGAUGUUUGUGGUGACAGGGCGGAAGGAGGAUGUGUCCAUGGCAAAGAGGGAGAUCCUCUCGGCAGCUGAGCACUUCUCUCUCAUCCGAGCCUCCCGGAACAAGGCAGGUCCGUUGGCAGCAUCAGGGUCAGGGCUGCCUGGUGCACCUUCCCUACCUGGCCAGACCACCAUCCAGGUGCGUGUACCCUACCGCGUGGUGGGACUGGUGGUCGGGCCGAAGGGGUCGACCAUCAAGCGCAUCCAACAGCAGACACAUACUUACAUUGUCACACCGAGCCGAGACAAAGAGCCCGUGUUUGAGGUGACGGGCAUGCCCGAGAAUGUGGACCGAGCGCGAGAGGAGAUCGAGACCCACAUCGCCAUGCGCACGGGCAACUGUGUCGAGAUUCCAGGAGACGAGAACGACUUCCACUACAAUGGCACCGAUGUCAGCUUCGAGGUGGGUGGCUGUGGGGCGUGGCUGCAAUCGACCGCCGCUGCACCUGCCGGUGCCCAGCGCACCACCAAUUGUAACAACAGCGUGCGCAUGACAGCCAACUACCGCAAUGACAGCUCCAGCUCUCUAGGCAGCGGCUCCACUGACUCCUACCACGGCGGAGGGGGGAACCGCAUGGCCGACUUCAGCCCCACCAGCCCCUUCAACGCCAACAGUAACAACAACAACAAUGGUGGAGCCAGCUUCUGGUUUGGGGAGACUCUGCUCCCCCUGGCAGAUGAGGAGCUGGCAGCACUGGGAUCUCCUGGGUUUGACCCUCUGGCAGUCACUACAGCCGUUCCUGCACCGCAGCCACAGGUGGUGUGGAGCACCUUGGAACAGUGCGUCCAGCUGUUAGAUGGCCGCCAGGCCCCUGUCCGAGACAGCCAGCCCGGCACGCCUCGCCUCUCCCCUACCUUCCAAGAAGCCUUGGAACACCCCAUGGCCCAGCGGGUCCACAGGGUUCCCUUCAGCGCCUCAGAGUCUCAAAAGUUUCCUGUCUACGGCCCCGCCUUCUCGACCUCCAGUGACAGUACCAGCUCUCCGCCAGACUCGUGCCGCGGACGCCAGGUAUGCAUCCGCUGCCUGGAGAGUGAGAUUAUCGCAGCCCUGGUGCCCUGCGGACACAACCUCUUCUGCAUAGAAUGUGCCAACCGAAUCUGCCAGGGCCCAGAGGCUGUCUGCCCUGUGUGUCAGGCACCAGUCACCCAGGCCAUACGGCUGCGCAACAUGUGA